UCAAAGAGGUCCCUAUCAGAUAAGAUUAAGAAAAUGCAAGAAUUCUUUGGUCUUCAGGUAACUGGGAAUCUGGAUUCGGCAACAAUGGAAGUCAUGGAAAAGCCUCGAUGUGGAGUCCCCGAUGUUGCUGAAUACAAUCUCUUUCCAAGAAAGAUUAAAUGGAAAAAAAACAAUAUCACAUACAGAAUAACAAACUACACCCCGGAUCUUCAGUCUGUGGAUGUGGACACAGCAAUUUGGAAAGCUUUUUUGAUUUGGAGUGAAGUCACGCCGUUGAAGUUCACAAGAGUCUAUGAAGGAGAAGCUGAUGUCAUGAUCUCUUUUGGAACUCGAGAACACGGUGAUAGUUAUCCCUUUGAUGGAGCUGACGGAUUAUUGGCCCAUGCUUUCCCCCCUGCAGCAGGCAUUGGAGGUGACACGCACUUCGAUGAAGAUGAGACCUGGACAAUUGGGGCAAACGGUUAUAACUUGUUCCUUGUGGCUGCCCAUGAAUUUGGCCACGCACUCGGACUGGCUCACUCUCGGGAUCCAGGUGCAUUAAUGUACCCGACCUACACAUAUACAAAUAUGGAUGAGUUUCGCCUUUCUUGGGAUGAUGUCAAGGGAAUCCAGGCUCUGUAUGGUAGCAGGUCAGGCAGUAUCCAAGGAACAGGAAAAAAGACACCAAAGAAAUGCAGCCGCAAGUUGUCAUUUGAUGCAGUCGUUAGUCUUCGAGGAGAGAUGCUUUUCUUCAAAGACAGGUUUUUCUGGAGAAGACAUCCAACAAUGCCUGAGGUUGAAUUGACUUUAAUUCGGUCAUUCUGGCCAAAGUUACCUGCACGGGUUGAUGCAGCCUAUGAAAACCAGGAGAGGGACCUCCUGAUUGUUAUUAAACGGAACAAAUACUGGGCCAUCAAUGGCUACGAUAUCAUGCCUCAUUAUCCAAAGUACAUCUACCAAUUGGGUAUUCCGAAAUCCGUCAGGAAAAUCGAUGCAGCUGUACAUAUUGCGGAGACAUCAAAGACUCUAUUCUUUGCAGGAGACCGGUAUUGGAGUUAUGAUGAAAGGAAACGAGUGAUGGAUGAAGAUUCCCCACGCCUGAUAGCAGAUGACUGGCCAGGAAUCCCCGGGAGAGUGAAUGCAGCAUUUGCACAAGAUGAUUGUCCACCAGAUCCACCAGGCCCAGGCCCUGUGUUCCAGGGCUUCAAUCCAGCUCUGGGAGGGCUCUGUCUUCGCCUGUACCCCUGCAACCCAGAACUCGAGCUCAUUGGUUCUUUUUCCCAAGUCUUACAGCAAUGCAGAUACAGGAGCCAGCUUCUCCUCGAUUUUUUUUUCCUGGAUCUGCCUCCCCAGGACCUUGCGAGAUUUGGCCAGCUCCUGAUCCAGUGUCUAGUGAGUAAGCAAGCUUGCUGCUUCAGUGGGCUGGGCCGUGGCCCUGCCCCAGAGCAGGGUGUAGCUGAGAGCUCUUCACUUGCUCAUUUGCUGGCCCACCAAGUCUGUGAUGGACAAGGCAGUCUGCACACCUUGACUCUACUGGGGGCCUUUAAACGCCACUUCCCAUCCGGCCUGAACCUUGAAGCCAGCAGGAGAAGAUCCCAGGCUGGGGAAAUUCCAGCAGACGCCCUGCUCUAG